AUGACGCCUCCACUUCAGAGACUGCCGCUUCAUAUCGUCGCCGAGAUUCUUGGACACUUGGAUACGAUCCAAGAGCUUGGUCCACCAAUUUUCAGUCAUCGGAUCUUUCAUGAUGCCCUCUAUGACAAUCUCCACGCCAUCGCUCGCCGUAUCCUCACUCGACAGGUCCCAGAUGGUAUCCUCUCCUAUUCUCUCAUCCUUCUCGAAACAACGCAAAUCGAUGUGAUGGACCAGAACGCUGUGGAUCCACUCAUAGCGCGCCUCGAGAACAUUGAUCCAUCGCCGUCUCUUGUUCACCUGUCCUUGGCCGAAUACGCCUUCAUCAGUCAAAACUAA